AACAAAUUCACCAACCAUACCAUUGUUCUUUCUUUCUUUCCUUUUCUCAACCUCAAAAAAGUCCAAUAAAUUAACAAGAAGAAGGAACCAAGAAAAUGAUGUAUAAUAACAUGGAAGAAAAAGCUGGCAUAAUAAGAAGGGAAAGUCGUCCAUCAUCAUGUUCAGCACUAAGGAUGAACAAGAAUUCACAAACAAUAACCAAAAUGAAGCCCCAAAUCCGAAUAAUUCACGUAUUUGCACCAGAGAUCAUCAAGACAGACGUGGCGAAUUUUCGGGAACUUGUUCAAAGGCUCACAGGGAAGCCAUCGCCAUCAGAUAAGAAGAAGAAAGAAAGCAAUAUUUACAACAUGAAGCAAAUUCUUCCCAGCAGAAAUAAUAAGUUAUUAGAGGAGCCGUUGAACUGUGUGACCACCUUUCUUAACAAGAAAAUGGAGCUAAGGACUGGAUUUCUUAAUCCCUCAGAGUGGAGAGAAAGAAUAAAAGGUGAAGAAGAGAUAUGGAGGAAUGCAAAUUCUGGUGGAGGUUUCUUGGAUGGUUUGAUGGAAGAGUUUAAUCAGUUUCCUUUAGAUGCUGCUCACAUGGAUGCCUAUGGAGAAUCAUAAUUUGCUUAAUUAAUUAAUUGCUGAUUAGUUAAUAACUUGAGAGAUGAGAAAUAUCAAUGGAGUUAAUUAGUCUAAUGAUGAUCACAAUUUAAUUGUUUUUUCAAUAUUCUUGUUCUUUUAGGUACUUAGGGUUUUCCUUAAUUAAUUCUUUUAUAUGAUCUUGAUUACCCCUUCUU